AUGGAGGAUUACUCAAGAUCAAUUGAAGAUCAAAAGAUUUUAAUGACCCGUGUUCAACGAAUCAUUUCGGAUUUCGAACAAUUGUCCAUUGGUGAAAAAACCCGAGAUACACCAUUGUCUAUUGUAAAUGAAUAUCCUGCCUCUGAAAGGAGCUAUGAUUUAGCCUGGACUGCAUUGGAACAGAGAUACCACAAUAAACGGAAAAUAACUGAUACAGUUCUACGGAAAUUGCUUAGUAUCCCGAAAUCUAAUGGCUCAUGUGAAAGCAUAAAAACCCUCCUUGACUCGACAAGAAAUAGCUUGGCUCUAUUGAGCACAUUAGGCAUUGACUGUUCCAAUUGGGAUCCUCUGCUUAUCCACAUUACUGUCAGCAAAUUAGAUCUCCAAACCUGUAAGGAAUGGGAACAGUCAUUGAAGGCCACAACUGAAAUACCCAAUAUAUCAGUGUUAUACAAUUUUCUCGAAACGACGUUUCGAACAUUGGAAUCAAUUUCUGAAUAUACUGAUUGUUCCUCAAGAUCUCAAUUUAAGCCUAAUUACUCGAAAUCGCACCAACCACAAAAACUGACUCAAAAUCGUCGAAUAAAUAUGGCGUCUGUUAAUGACGAAAAUUGCCCCUGUUGCGGUAAGCGCCAUUUUCUAUACAAAUGUUUCAAAUUCGCUGCUAUGUCUUCUGCCUCUAAGCGAGAGUUUAUUAAUUCAAACAAAAUUUGUCGCAAUUGUUUGAAUAUUGGACAUUUCUCGAAAGACUGCAAAAGUACUAGUCGUUGCAAAUCUUGCAACCUUGCUCACCAUACUAUUAUGCACAACGAGUACAGCAAUCAGAAUAGAUUAAAUAACUCGACUGUUUCUGAAAGUCGAUCUGAAAAUAUAACUUCUUCCUCAAAUGGUAGUUCAAAUAUUAACUUGUCCUUGAUGAACACUACAGUAAUGCCUCAUGUUUUGCUAGCAACUAUUCGUGUCAUAAUAAAGAGCGAAUAUGGAAAUUUCACAUUAAGAGCGAUUUUAGAUCAAGGAGCUCAAGCUACCCUAAUCACAGAAAGUGCAUCUCAACUUCUAAGGCUUAAAAAAUACAAUACCUUUGCCCGAAUAACUGGUGUAGGCGGAGACACUAUUAUUGUAAGAAAAUUUGUGAAAUUUAAUCUUGCCUCUCACUUUGAAAGUGAUUUCGAAUUGGAAAGCCAAGCUUAUGUAAUGCCGUCUUUGAAUAAUUAUUGUGCUGGUCCUGUGGACAGACAAAAACUGCCUCAAUUAAAUGAAUUCGAAUUAGCUGAUCCAGAUUUCGACAAAAACGAUAAAAUAGAUUUGCUCAUUGGUGGUGAUCUGUAUGGAGACAUUUUACUUCCUCAACAAAAGAAAUUCGAAAAAGGCAUUUUUCUGCAACUUACCCAUUUCGGAUGGAUAGUUUCUGGCCCAACGGCAGAGAUUUCUUACUCAAAGGGAGUUAAUAUUAAUUUGUGUUCCUUAGACACUCAGUUAAAAGCUUUUUGGGAACAAGAAGAGCUGAUCGAAUCUAGAAAACUGACACAUGAAGAAAUAUCUUGUGAAGAUUUCUUCAAAAAUAAUUACACUCGUGGCUCAGAUGGACGCUAUACUGUCGCUUUACCCUUUCGGUCUCAAAUAAUUGGCAAAUCUCCCCCUGUGUUCAGUCACAGUGACUUUAGCGCAUUAAAAAGACUCAAACAGGUUGAAAGUAAGUUUUCUAAAGACCCAAAUUUUGCCUAUGAAUAUAAGAAGUUCAUGGAUGAAUAUGAAUCGCUCGGUCAUAUGGAAAAAAUUGGUCCCUAUCCUCACUCCAUCCAACAUUAUGGAUAUUUUCUGCCUCAUCACGGUGUUGUGAGGGAAUCUAGUUCCACGACCAAACUGCGUGUUGUAUUCGACGGUAGCAGUAAAAGAUUACCUUCUUCCUCGUUGAACGAAGAACUUUUUUCUGGCCCUGCUCUACAAAAUGACUUGCCGACUAUAAUUAAUCGAUGGCGACGAUUCAAAAUAGGAUUUCGAUCGGAUUUAGAGAAAAUGUUUCGCCAAAUUAAAGUUGUAGAAAGCCAUCAACAUUAUCAGCAACGAUUCGAGUUCUUCAUCAAUUGGCUCAAGAUGAAAACGAAACUUACCCAGAAGCGU